AUGGAUAAUCAUGGUUGGCUUGAUCUGAUUGGAAUUGAAGAGAACUUCGAUCCGGGUUUAGACUUGUUCGGGAUCAUGAACGAAGAUGAAUUCGAGAGUAAUGCGAGUUUCAAAGGUGCACGAGCCGAUAAUGGUGAACCGCCUAAGAAGAAGAAGAUUCAUAGGCACACUCCGUAUCAGAUACACGAGCUUGAAUCUUUCUUCAAGGAUUUCCCUCACCCUGAUGAAGAACAAACAAGGGAACUUAGCUUGAGGGUUGGCUUGGAGAAGAAGCAAGUUAAAUUUUGGUUUCAAAACAGGAGAAACCAGUUGAAGAUUCAAUUCGGACGCCAGGAAAAUGCAAUUCUUAAACUAGAGAACGAAAGGCUUCGAGUAGAGAAUGGUUUCUUGAAGCAGAAGAUAACGAGGCGGAUAUGCAACAAUUGCGGCGGUAACAAUGGAGGCAGUACAUUGCCGAUGGGAUUCGAGCUUGAUGAUCGGGUAUCGAUGCCAUUGAUAAAACCUUGUGGUGCCUAUCGAUUACCAUAUGACAGGUCAGCCUUGGUAAAUGUUGCAGUAGCAGGUAUGGAUGAAUUACUUAACAUGGCUGAGAUGCCUAAUCCCCCAGUUGAGGCUACAAGGGAAACAGGACUAGUUCCCCUUCCCAGCUCGGCCCUUGUCGAGAUGCUAAUGGAUGCGAAUUGUUGGGCGGAAAUGUUUCCCUGCCUGGUUGCAGAAGCGGCGACAGUUGAUGUGCUAUCGAGCGGUACCAAUGGAACCAGAGACAAUGCAUUACAAGUGAUGGAUGCUGAAUUUCAAGUUCUUUCACCUUUGGUUCCUAUUCGACGAGUUCCAUUUCUCCGGUUCUGCAAGCGGCAUUCGGAUGGUGUGUGGGCGGUUGUGGAUGUUUCCAUCGAUUCUUGCAACGCUGCGAAUCCGCAAAUGUUUGCAAACAGCAGGAGGCUUCCAUCUGGAUGUAUCAUCCAAGACAUGGACAACAAGCACACCAAGGUUACAUGGGUUGAACACUCGGAAUACGAUGAGAGUACAAUCCACCAUCUCUUGCUUCCAUUACUCAGUUCAGGCUUCGGCUUUGGUGCACCGAGGUGGAUAGACACUCUCCGAAGACAUUGCUACCGCAUCGCACAACUAAUGUCCCCUGCCAUCCAUGGUGAAAACAAAAGAGGGAUAACUACAGCUGGCACAAAAAGCAUGUUAAACCUUGCGCGACGCAUGACAGAUAACUUCAUUGCCGGAAUUUGUGCUUCAAGUGCGCGUAAAUGGGACGAGCUUAAUGUUGGUAAUGUUGGUGAAGAUGUAAGGGUGAUGGUUAGGAAGAAUGAAAAUCUUCCUGGUGAGCCAUGUGGGGUUGUUCUGAGCACUUCUACUUCGGUUUGGAUGCCGAUAUCUCAGCAACGACUGUUCGAUUUCUUGCAAGACGCACGGAUGCGGUGUCAGUGGGACAUUUUGUCCAAUGGCAUAUCAAUGCAGUUGACAAUCAAUAUUGCCAAGGGACCAGGAGAAGGCGACUGUGUCGCUCUCUUUAGUAGCGAUCUCACUAAGAAUGCCACGCUAGUUUUACAGGAAACAUGGAGUGAUGCAUCCGGUGCACUGAUUGUGUAUUCACCUGUGGAUGUACCCUCAAUUAGUGCAGUCAUGAAGGGCAGUGAUUCGUCGCAGGUGAUAAUGUUACCAUCAGGAUUUGCAAUUCUUCCUAGUGGUCAUGGUGCUGAGCCGCAAAGCAACUCCGAUCGAUGUUGGACGGAACACGAGACUGAUCGGUGUACAAGUAGUGGAUGCUUACUUACAGUUGGAUUUCAAAUUUUGGUGAAGGGUCCUGGUGGGAAGCUAACAGUGGAAUCAGUUGAGAGUGUUAGCAAACUCUUAUCAGGCCAAGUUGAGAGGAUCAAAGCUGCCCUUUCAGUAACAUGUUAA